ACAAGCUACCUUAGCAAAUGCGCGCUCCAAAGUUUAAAGUGUUUAAAAAUUUUGGGUGUGAGUGAGUUUUACGCUUCAAUAUGUUUUAAACAUUUCUAAACAGGAAUAAAAAGGACUCGUAUCUCCACAAAAUCAUUUUAAAAACAAGUUUUUAAGGUUUCAAGUAGCCGUUGAAAGUAAAGUUUUUAGCAGCAGUUUAUUAGUUGAAUCGCACAAUCAAAACUUGAAUAUGGCUUUCUUCAAAACACUUGCAUUUGUCUUGCUUGUUGUUUAUGUUAGUCAUGUUUACACUGGCAUGCAAGAAGAAGCAGAUGAUGCUUGUAAAGCCAAACCACAAUUUUACGAAGGCACAAAAAGAGUGGUGAAUAAUCUUGGUGCUGCAUUGAACAUGCCAGUGGGUGACGGAACAGGAUUUGACAAAGCACAUGUGGUACCUACAGGUACAAUGCGAACACUGAUAUGCGGACAAUUUGCUGAUUUCAAAGACGAAGAUAAAAUUAGUGAUUGGAAAAGCGGGAUCAGUGAUCUAAUAACGCGACUGCAUACGAUUGAUCAAGAAUGGAAAGAUCUCAACACCUUGAAACAAAACCAUAACGACGCCUGGAAAAAAUUUGUGCAGAAAAAUAAAGAUAACAAGAAGAGUUGCGAAGAUCUUCUUAACAACAUUGAUGACGACGAUGCACGCUCUGAUGAAGAAAUAGCAAAGAAUUUAAAAGCAUUAUUGAAAUGUGCAAACAGUGCUCCGGCAAACUUAAGGGUAGGUCAUGCCAGAACCAACAAUGCCAUAGGGAACGAAUUGGAUCCAAUCUUGAAAAGACCAGUUGCUGAUGAUCAUAAAGUAACGAAAGCAGAUUUGACUUCAAAAUCGAAACAAUACGAUGGAGAGUUGGGAUUGGAAUACAAGAAGUAUGCUGAUGGUGGAAUUAUGACAUCUGAUCAACCGUAUCGCGGUUAAAAGAAUUUAAGGAUUGUAUUAAAACAAUAAAAGGAAUAUUAGUGUCGAAGAUAAUUUAUUUGUUACUUGCUAUUAUUAAAGAAAUAAAGAAAAAAACGAAGAAUUUUCUAAAUUUCACAUUUACAUUGGAUUUAAUUAAACUAUAAAAGAACGAUAAUAAAAACAAAAACAUAAUGAAAAUACCAUAAUACUAAAAUUAUUUACUUGGAGACAAAACCGUCUAUCAAAAUCUUG